CAAAAACAAACGUCUGUGCCCUCCCUCUCUGUCUUCCUUUCUCCUCCGGAGGAGAACCAGAGGAAAGUUCCAUCUCAGUGCAGCAGCAGUGCUGACGGCUGCAGGGAGGAUUGGUCGCGGCUGUUAGACUACUUUGCUGAGGAGGAAGCUCCUGUCUCUCCAGAAGAAAAAUCCAAAAGCUAGAAAGCCUAGAGGAGUGAGGAGAGCCGAGAGGACCAGCCAGGACAUUUUGGCCAUUCGGAAGGACGCUGUUAUGGAAAAGAGGAGAAUGCAUUGUCCGGUGUGCCCCUGUCUGCUGCUGCUGGCACUGGUCAGUACCUGGUGCCCACUGGGGACUCAGAGCCAGGAGCUCCAGGAGCAGGAUGCUAUCUGCAAUGACGAGGGCUGCUACGCCGUCUACUUCCAGCGCAAGACCUUCCGGGACUCCUGGCGGACCUGCAGGGAGAAAGGAGGCAACUUGGCCACGGUGAAGAAAACCGAGGAGGCUGAGCUGAUCCACGAGCUGCUGUCGUCCACGGAGCGGCGUGGGCCGCGUGUCCGCAUGCGCCUGUGGAUCGGGCUCCAGCGGCAGCCGCGCCAGUGCUCGUCCACCAAGCCGCUGCGUGGCUUCACCUGGAUCACGGGCGACCAGGACACCGAGUACACCAACUGGCAGCGCGAAGACCUGCCCAGCACCUGCGCCGCGCCCCGCUGCGUGGUCAUGACGCACAACACCGCCGACAAGACCCGCAGCAACCGGGACAACUUCAAGUGGCUGGACGGCUCCUGCGCCCUGGCCGUGGACGGCUUCCUGUGCCGCUUCGCCUACCGCGGCAUGUGCUCGGUGCUGGACCAGGAGGGCGGAAGACCGGCGCGCUACACCACGCCGUUCCACCUAAUCAGCACCCUGCUGACCCACGUCCCAUUCGGAUCUAUGGCCAUACUGCCCUGCCCAGAGGGAACUAAGGAGGACCAGUCCGUCCUGUGCAUGCUAAAGGAUGACGGCACCGUGGGCUGGUCAAGGGAUGCGCCACUUUGCUCGGACGGCCCCAAGAACUGGUGCGAGGUGGAGAAUGGAGGCUGCGCGCACCUUUGCCUGAACACGGAAGACCACUACUACUGCGCAUGCUCCGCCGGGUACGAGCUGGGGGAGGAUAGCCAGAGCUGCCAGGCGAUGGACGCUUGCCUUGGCAACCAGUGUGAGUUCCAGUGCGAGCUGACGGCCACCGGCCACCGCUGCACGUGCUCCAACGGCUACCUGCUGGCGCCCGACGGCAAGAGUUGCCUGGACAUCGACGAGUGCGAUCGGACUCCCUGCCCUCAGGUGUGCGUCAACGCGCCGGGCACCUUCGAGUGCCGCUGCCUGGAUGGCUACCAGGCGGACGAGAACGGCGAGUGUGUUGAUGUGGAUGAGUGCAAGGAGGACAGCUGCGAGCAGGUGUGCGUAAACACACCUGGAUCUUUCGAGUGCCAGUGUACCGACGGCUACACCAAGGUACCCGAGGAUCCCGUCCGUUGCCAAGACAUCGAUGAGUGCCAAAACUCGGACAGCUGUCACCAAAUAUGCCGAAAUUACAUGGGAGGAUUCGACUGCCACUGUGAUGAGGGAUACGAACUUGAGGAUGACUAUUACAGCUGCAGGCCAUUGCCUGAGGAUGCGGAAAUGACGUCAACAAUGAUGCCCAGUGAGUCUCCGGCCAACACUAUGGGCCCCGAGACGCCCGACCUCUCCUGGUCUCCCAGAAUGCCUGACUGGUUGACUGACCCCACACCUUUGGAGUGGCUGACCGAGUUACCUAAUCUCGAGUGGCUUCCCACCGACCUGGCCUGGUUCACAGAGAACCCAUCAGAGGAGCUCUCACCAACCCAGGCGCCACACGCCACACAUCAGGAAAUCCUCACUCCUUCCUUUGACUUUGAGGAGGCCCUAUUGGACACACCUUCACAGGUGGCAGAGAGCGACUCCAUUGACUCCUAUGGGGCGCCAGACGACGUGUCGUCCAGGAUAAGGGAAGAUGUGGUUUUGGAGUCUGAGGAGGCAGGCGACGGAGCCAGGGCGUCUCUCUCCCCACCGCGAGACGCAGCGGAGCCUGCUGCAGGGGCGGAGCAACGGCCCGAGGGGGGGAAACGGAAGCACGACAAGAGCUGGCUGCUGGUUGCGCUCCUGGUGCCGCUCUGCGUCUUCAUCGUGGUGAUGCUGGCGCUGGGGAUCGUGUACUGCACCAGCUGCGCCGUGGAGCCGCGUGGCAAAGGGACAACAGACUGCUACCGAUGGUUCACCGCCUCGAAACCUGCAGAAGCAAGCACAGCCAAGUCACGGGCCUGAGCAGAGAAUAGCCCAGAGAGAGAGAGAGAGAGAGAGAGAGAGAGAGAGAGAGAUGUGUUUGCACAGAAACAGUUCGAUAAGAUGGAGAUGCAGGGUUUACACAAACAGUUUCACAAAUGGGGCUUUGUUUUUUCCACUGACACUCUCACCUGAAAAAAUCCUGUGGAAAUCUGAGGAGAGGAAAAGGGUAUGGCCCUGACUAUCGUUCUUGUAGGCUAUCUUUCUCAUUAGUUUAAUUAGAGAAAAGUACAUUUGUGUGUCUGAAAUGGGUUGAAUUCUUUAUUUUCUGUACAAUGUACAGACGCCAAAUCAGUGAUUCUGCAUCUCAUUGGACAGACUAUUGACAACAAAGCCCCCGUGUUUAGAUGUAGUGGUUUAAAUGGAAAAAUAAUGCAAAAUUGACUGAUUUAUUGUGAAGUAAACUUUUGUAAGAAUAUCGCUUUGAAACAAUACAUUGUAUGUGUAUCUACAUGUUGUUUAUUUCUAAACCCUACCCUGCAUCCUACCUACAAACAAAAAUAUCUACUGCAGAAUAGUAGGUCUAUCUUUCAAGAAGCGCCACAAUGAUCAAUGAUGUCUUAAUGUCCAGAGAAAAGAUAUUAAUUCAAACAAAAAAGCAAAUGUGAGACCUUUAUAACUCUAUUUUUCUGAUUCAGUCCUUCCAGGCCUUGAGAGUUCCAUAUGGAACUUGAAAUAUGUAUGGAGUAUUGGCGCCCUCUAUCAGCUAUUGCGCUGUAAUGCAUGCAACAGUUAUUUGGGUCAAGGGUAUAAAGGUUUUAAUAGUGAGUAAAACAAAAUGGUCCUAGUCCUAUACUUGUGUAAAAAAUAUCAUGCUUCACACCCAUAGCACUGAAACAAAUUUUGUCAUCAAAAUCUUGUUGUGAUUUAAAAAGAAAUAACAUUUGGUUAAAAAAUGAAAA